UGUAAAAGUUAAUUUGAGGGGCUUCCUUCAAUCAAGCAUCCCUUCCAUCAAAAUUUCUCUAUUCACUUCACUCCACACUCUCAAUUUUUGGCUUCCCGCUUUCUUCUCUCUCUCUUUACAACAGGGAGGGAGUGUGUGUGUACGCCCAACCCUUUCAAACACAACACCCUACCCUCUGCUUCGUUCCCAUGUCGUAGUCGCCGUGCAAGUGAAAAUGUUGCACUGCCUUUGGGUGGUGGACUUCUGAAUAGGCAGGAGUUGUUUCCCUGUCUAUGUAUUGUCACGAGAUUGAGAGAUCUGCUGUGAUUAGGUUUUGAUUUCAACUCACUGAUGGAGUGCAACAAGGAUGAGGCUAUAAGGGCUAGGCAGAUUGCUGAAAAUAAGAUGCAAGCUGGUGACUUUGAAGGGGGGCUGAAAUUUGCUACGAAAGCCCAAAGGCUGUUUCCUGAGAUUCAGAACAUUCUUCAGAUCCUUGCUGUUUGUGAGGUUCACUGUGCUGCACAGAAGAAACACUCUGGGUCUGACAUGGACUGGUAUGGAAUUCUUAAGAUUGAAAAGUCCGCCGAUGAAGCAACCAUAAAGAAACAGUAUAGGAAGCUUGCACUGCUACUUCAUCCUGACAAAAAUAAAUCUGAUGGUGCAGAGGCUGCUUUCAAGUUGAUUGGUGAAGCUAACAGAGUGUUGAGUGACCAAACAAAGCGUGCUUUGUAUGACUUAAAGUUUGGAGUUCCUGUGGGAAAUACAGCAGCUAAGGUUCCACCUCGUCACCCAAAUGGAAAUGCUUCCGGGAUGGGAUGUGAUGGCACUGCAAGAAAUUAUCAGAACAGUUUUUCUUCACAAUACCAAGCUUGGAAUUCAUAUCAUCGGACUGAUAAUCAGACAUUCUGGACAUGUUGCCCUCAUUGUAAUACUAGAUAUCAAUAUGUCAUAACCAUUUUAAAUCAUACCAUACGCUGUCAACAUUGUUCUAAAUCCUUUACAGCUCAUGAUAUGGGGAACCACAACGUGUCACCAGGAUAUUGGUCACCAUUUAAUAACCAGAAAGAGCCUCCAAAACAUGCAUCGUCAAAAGAAGCUUCAAAAAGCAAUGGUGGAAAGUCUUCUGGUAGAGAACAGGAGGGUGUAUCCAUGUCAAAAUGCUCUGCUGGUAUUGGUACCCAUUCUAAAGUUGCAAAGAGAAGAGAUAGUCAUGCGGCUGCAGGAGUGACAAAGGCUGGUGUUGGGAUGUCCAAUCCCACUAAUACCAAAGCCAAGGAAUCGCAAGCCUCAACAAAGGUUGGACAUAAGAGAGCAAGGCAGUCAACAUCAGAUGAUGAUAACAAAGCUGCAAAUGGUAAAGGCGUGAAAGAUGCUAAGGUUCAAAAAAAUAGGGUUGAUCCUAAUAGGAGAUCUUCAAGGAAAAAACAGCAUGUUUCAUACACAGAAAAUGAUAAAGAUGGUGAUUUUGGGAAUUCUUCCAAAAGGCCAAGGCACCAUGAAUCCAGUAACAACAAUCCAGCCUCUUUUACUGACGGUGUGGGUGGUCAGAAUGGAAAGAUAAGAAAUAAAGCAAGUGCACCGCCUGAAGAAACUGUUUUAAGGAAUAAGACCAAAGUUGAGCAGACAAAUGUGCUAAGAAAGGAGGCAUCCAACUCAGAUCUUAAUGAUAGAAAGUCAAAAGCUGACAAUUGUUCUCCACUGAAGUCAAAUUUACCUCCCAGUUCAGAGAUUUGCUGUCCUGAUCCAGACUUCAGUGAUUUUGAGAGAGAUAAGGCAGAGGGUUGUUUUGCUGUUAAUCAAUUAUGGGCCAUUUUUGAUAAUACUGAUAGUAUGCCAAGAUUCUAUGCUCUCGUCAAGAAAGUGUACUUCCCUUUCAAGUUGCGGAUUACUUGGCUGGAACCUGACUCAGAUGACCAAGGUGAGAUUGACUGGCAUGAAGCAGGCUUGCCUGUUGCUUGUGGUAAGUUCAAACUUGGUCAGUCUCAGAGAACUUCAGACCGCUUUAUGUUCUCUCAUCAGGUGCAUUGCAUAAAAGGAAGUGACAGUGGUACUUAUCUGGUAUAUCCAAAGAAGGGAGAAACUUGGGCAAUUUUCAGACAUUGGGAUCUUGGAUGGAGUUCUGAUCCAGAAAAGCAUUCGGAGUAUCAAUUUGAAUAUGUGGAAGUUCUAUCUGAUUUUGAUGAAAAUGCCGGCAUUAAAGUUGCUUAUCUUAGCAAACUGAAAGGGUUUGUUAGUCUCUUCCAGCGAACUGUGCUAAACAGAAUUAGCUUAUUUUGUAUUUUACCUAAUGAGCUUUAUAAGUUCUCUCACCGGAUUCCUUCAUAUAAGAUGACAGGUGCUGAAAGGCAAGAUGUUCCAAGAGGAUCUUUUGAACUUGAUCCUGCUGGUCUGCCUAAUAGUCUUUCUGAAGUUGGUGAUCCUGGUGUUGUGAAGAUGGAUGGAGUCAAUUGUUCGCACCAUGAAUACUCGAAGUGUAAAGUUGAAGAGGCAAUGUCUAAUGAUAGUAUUCACAAAGCAAAGUUGCGAGAGAGUAUUGGUUCUGAAAGAGUAGCACAAAUCCUCAGAAGAUCACCAAGGUCAAGUCAAAAAAGUAUGGACAAUGGUCAAGCAAACACUAGUCAAUAUACAGUCAGAAAGGAUGACAUAAACAUUGGCCACAGGGAUGACAGUCCACCAGAGGGAAACACUGCUGCAUUUCAGACUAUUAAGAGGAAGGUCAAGACACCUCAGAAACAUGAGAAAAAUAAUUAUGAAGGAGAGGCAUUGAAAGCCCGAAAGUCACCUAGAGAUUUAAGCAAGAAAAAUGCUCAAGGAGAUGCAGGUGAAUGGACAGCAGGCAAGAAGACUGAUAACCAUUCAAGCAACAGCAAAAAUGUGAAGGUCAGCAAUAUUCCUCAGUCAGUGGGAGCAUCAUGUUAUGGCUUUAAGAAGGAAAAAUCUGAAGAGAUGUUUCAGUGUGGCCAGAUAUGGGCAAUAUAUGGUGAUAGGGAUCAUAUGCCUGAUACUUAUGCUCAAAUUAGGAUGAUUGAAUGCACUCCUAAUUUUAGAUUGCAGGUGUACAUGCUUGAACCCUGCCCACCACCAAAUGACUUAAAAAGAACAAUAUCUUGUGGCACCUUUUCAGUUAAAGAAGCCAAAUUACGGAUGCUUUCUCUCUCUGCAUUCUCUCAUCAAUUAAAAGCUGAACUUGUGGCAAAUAAUAGAUAUGAAAUUUAUCCUAGAAAAUGUGAGAUUUGGGCUCUAUACAAGGACCAGAACUAUGAACUGACUUCUUCAAAUCAGGGCAGAGGUGAAUGUCAUAUAGUAGAAGUAUUAGCUGAUAGUUACCAGAGUAUCCAAGUUGUUGUUCUAGUGCCGCAUGGCAACUCUGGGACAAUUUUCAAGGCUCCUAGAAUCCAGAGAUCUAAAACUGGUGUAAUUGAAAUAUUAAGAAAAGAGGUUGGCAGAUUUUCACAUCAGAUUCCUGCUUUUCAGCACAGCGACAAUGUUCAUCUCAGAGGGUGUUGGGAGCUUGAUCCUUCAUCAGUUCCUGGUUCUUUCAUACCAAUAGACUGAAGUAUAGCAUUUUUAGACCCCCUUGUCCUCUUAGUUCGUGGUAGUGAACCUAUGUUUUCUUAUAUGAUUUAACCAGCUAUUCUGUGAAGCAGCAAUGUAUGGAAAUAUGUUCAAGAGAUUUCCUCAAUCAUUCUAUGUUUCUUGAUCAGUUAUCACAUUCUGGCUA